UUUAAAAAAGAAAGCGGCAUUCAUCUCAGGGAAACCUGGCCUCAGGGAAACCUGGCCUUCAGAGAUGACAGCAUUCAGCCCCAGGAGGAGCCCGGAAUUCGUCCUCAGUCUUCCCAGCUUGCACUGCCCAUGGGGAUACAGGACAGUAAGGAGCGAAACAGAACCUGCUGCCUGAAUGGGGGAACCUGCAUGCUGGGGUCCUUUUGUGCCUGCCCCUCCUCCUUCUACAGACAGAACUGUGAGCACGAUGUGAGCAAAGAGAACUGUGGGUCUGUGCCCCAUGGCACCAGGCUGCCAAAUAAGUGUUCCAUGUCUAAAUGCUGGCAUGACCAACUCCGCUGCUUUCCUCAGGCAUUUCUACCUGGCUGUGAUGGCCCUGUGACAGAUGAGCACCUUAUGGCUACCAAGACUCCAGAACUACCACUGUCUGCAUGUACCACUUUUAUGCUUUAAAAUAAUGAAUACUUUUCCAUAAUGAUCUAUAACACUUCCUUACUGUACCAACUACUUCUUAUCUCUUUGCUCUGCCCUCCCCCCAAAAAACUACUUUUUUUUCCAAAGUCAGCCAUACCUCCAUUGUGCCCAAGUCCAGUACUUCUUUAUACAUGUAAUUCUACCAAGGUCUUCUUAAUAUGUUAAACAACUGAAUUACAUCUUCAGAUUAUUAAAGAUUAAUCCUAAUGUGGAACUUAGGAUAUAGUUUUGAGUAGAGUUGAUCAAAAUCAAUUAGUCUCUUUAAAAGGAAAAAAAGCCUCUUUAAGGAGAGGAACCAGAGUGCUAGUAAAGGAAGUCUGUCUGCAUGUGGAAGGGAAUGGGAAGCAAAUGGGAGAGAAAGGCUGAAAAACCUAAAAUGGGUUACUUGACUGGGUGAUUAUGUGGGUGUAGAGAAGCAAGUUAAAAGGCUAAAUGAAGGGCAAGUUUCCAUCAUCUAUAAAAAGCUAUGUAAGCCAAGGACUUCCCCUUUCUUUCUAAAGGCAAUGUAAAAUGAAUGACGUCUCCUUAGAAAAAAAAAAUUAUGCUCAAUGUCCCCAACAAAAUUGCUUAAUAAAUUAGUUUUCUCCAAGCUAAGCAAUUCUUUUAACUGCUGAAGAGAAAAUGUUUACAAUAUAUUUAGUCAUAAACUGAAUGAUAAAACUACAUAUUGUAAAGCCCAUUUUAAAAAUACACUGUAUAUAUGUGCAUCUACAGUAAAAAUGUGUGUGUGCACACACGCACGCAUGUGUAUUUAUAUAAAGCAAGGUCUCAAGUCAAUAACCAAACCUUACUUUCACCUUAAUAGGAAUCCCAAAUGAAGCAGGUUAAAGCAAAUAAUAAAGAUGACAGGAGGCUGGCCGCAGUGGCUCACAUCAGUAAUCCCAAUACCUCCGGAGGCUGAGGUGGGUGGAUCACCUAAGGUCAGGAGUUUGAGACC